AUGGAUACCAAUAUGGAGGACGUCGGACGGACGCCUGCCGACGUCUCGCCUGUUCAGCACGAGCCCGCCACGAUUCCCACGCUCGACGGGUGGAUUGAGAGCUUGAUGACCUGCAAGCAGCUUGCCGAGGCUGAUGUCCAGAGACUCUGCGACAAGGCCCGCGAAGUACUACAAGAAGAAUCAAAUGUCCAGCCAGUGAAAUGCCCCGUCACCGUCUGUGGCGAUAUCCACGGCCAGUUUCACGACCUCAUGGAGCUUUUCAAGAUUGGUGGCCCCAACCCCGACACAAACUACCUGUUUAUGGGUGACUAUGUCGACCGAGGCUACUACUCCGUCGAGACGGUGACCCUUCUCGUCGCUCUCAAGAUCAGAUACCCUCAGCGCAUCACCAUUCUUCGCGGAAACCACGAGUCGCGCCAAAUCACUCAAGUCUACGGAUUCUACGACGAGUGCCUGCGCAAGUACGGCAACGCCAACGUUUGGAAAUACUUUACCGACCUUUUCGAUUAUCUACCGCUGACAGCCCUCAUUGACAACCAAAUCUUCUGUCUUCACGGUGGUCUGUCUCCUAGCAUCGACACACUGGAUAACAUCCGAGCUUUGGACCGCAUCCAGGAAGUGCCUCAUGAGGGACCCAUGUGCGAUCUUCUUUGGUCGGACCCCGAUGAUCGAUGCGGAUGGGGAAUCUCGCCCCGUGGUGCUGGCUACACCUUUGGCCAGGACAUUUCGGAGGCCUUCAACCAUAACAACGGCUUGACGCUGAUUGCACGCGCGCACCAGCUGGUUAUGGAGGGAUACAACUGGUCGCAAGACCGCAACGUCGUCACAAUUUUCUCCGCUCCCAACUACUGCUACCGAUGCGGUAACCAGGCAGCUAUUAUGGAGAUUGACGAGCACUUGAAAUACACAUUCCUACAAUUCGACCCAUGCCCCAGAGCCGGAGAGCCAAUGGUUUCAAGAAGAACACCCGACUAUUUCCUCUAA